ACUGAGAUUUUCGAGUGCACCUGAAGUCAGCACGAGCCAUCUGCUGAGCGAGCGGGCAUCCGUCUGUCGUCAGUGACAUGGUAGAAAAGAAGUUUGAAGGCUGAUAAAACACCUUUAGUAGCAUUAUGCAGCACGGUAUGAAAAAGACUGCCUUCCACAAGCAGCGAUAUUAAAGACAGCGGGAGAGCUGCUUUCUAGCUGUGGAGCUACAUUAGCAAGCGCACCAAAUGCUACCUGGCUAUGCCGUUAGCAUCGUAGCAGCUGUAAUUCAACUGGAGGACAUCAUUGGGUCUGGCUCACUGACUGUUCAGUGUGUGCUAUCACGGAGAUCAGCGAAAUGACCUCAGCUUCUACUAAAGUGGGUGAGAUCUUCUCUGCGGCAGGAGCUGCCUUCACCAAACUAGGAGAACUCACCAUGCAGCUUCACCCAGUGGCAGAGUCCAGUCCAGCCAGCAGUUUGACAAAGAGCACAGUUAAGAGGAAACCAUAUGAAGAUGGAGCUACGCCUGCAACUUCUGACAGUCCAAAGAAGGUCAUCAAGAAAUCCACCCUUGCUGUUGCCAGAGCAUCGCAGGGCGCUCCAGCUGUUAUCUCUGUGUCCACAGCUCAGGUUGUCAUGGCAGCAGGUCUCCAGGGUCCACCCUCCAACCAGCCUCCUCUGAAGAAACAGAAGACUGCAGAUGUGACUCUCAGCGCUCUGAACGAUUCGGAUGUGAACAGCGAUCUUGUGGACAUCGAGGGACUCGGUGAGCGAUCCAACUCCAAAAAACUCAACAAUUUUGAUCAAGAUACCCUGAACCUGGACUCUAGCCUCAUUAUGAACCCCAGCGACCUGCCUCUGCUGUCCCGCUGAUCCUCCUGUAAAUGUCAUAGAAAUAAUGAAGAAACACUUGAAAUAAUUUGUAAAAAUCAGGACUCGUGUUUGUAGCCGGGUGAUGCUGAGCACUAGGAUGAAAGCAAACAGCAGUCAGAAUGUGUUGGUGAUGAAGGAUUGCAUUAGUUCUAGGCAAGUUGGCAUAAUGUGUGAUUUUUGUUUCCUUAAACUCUGUUUGGAGAAACAUUUAGAACAUCCCACUUUAUUUUUUAUUUUUUUAAAUGGACAAUGGGAAAGUUACAUUUGGCUGCACUGACAAAAGAUAACUUUUGCGAAACUUCUCCCACUGCAGACACAGGAGAUGUUUGUUUGGGUUUUUUUUUUUUUUUUUUUAAACAAAGUUAAAGCAUUUACAGAAACUCAUGAUAAAGCUCCUGUAUUUCCGCUUCAGUGUGACGUCUCCAAAUCCCUUUGUAAGAAUAGAUGUCAGACUCGAUGUGUCAUGGUGACAGCAUAAUUGCUGGCAUGUGUUGCUAAUGUCUUUGAAGACCCAGUGUCCUGAGAAGUCCACGUGUCUUAUUCUGGGCAGAUAUCUGUGGUUAAACUGUGACUGUGCAGACGUGGCAGUAACAAAAUGAUAAAAGGACAUCUUAACUCACCUCUUUUUAGAGCUCUGAAACACAACUGGUUUUCCACCUUUAAACAAAAUGACAGCAAACUGAGACAACGUGGAUGAAUUCCAGUUGAAUAUUGCACCUCUCCAGUAUCCAUAUCAAGCUCCUGGUAUUAUCCCAGAUUGGAGUCUGCAAGUUGAAACAAUGUAACAAA